AUGUCAAUGUUGGAGCACGCAACCGACUUCCGGAAACAGUUCGGAGAGCUCUUUGGUGAUGAUGUGCGUGAAAAGGCCGGAAAUGACACAGCGAUGCCUUACAUUACUCGGAUUUGUGGCGGUCAAAACUCCAGCGAAUCAUCGAAUGAUACAUCAAAUUCAUCAGGCAUAGACACGAACUGUACAGUGUAUUCAUCUGAUAUUCUGGAAACAUUGCUGAACGAAUCGCCCCCAUACAUGCCAACAACAGCGUUUUACUUCUUCACAUACUUCACUCCGAUUAUUUUUGCGAUUGGAGUGGUGGGAAAUAUUAUUUCUUUGAUAGUGUUCCUUUCCAAAAACAUGCGUAAGCUAUCAGCGAGCAUGUACCUUGCUGCGUUGUCAACAUCAGAUCUGCUGGCGUUGGUAUUUUACGUACUACCGGAGUGGUUAAAACAUGGCUUUAGCUUAGUCCCCGGACAUCAACAAGCUUUAUUUCUACAGCAGAAUGGAACCUGUCAAGGCUUGCUCUACUUGCAAUACAUUGCGCGGUUUCUGUGCUCGUGGUUUGUGGUGUUCUUUACAAUUGAACGUUUUAUCGGCGUGUGUUUUCCCCUACGCCGAAAAGACAUUUGCGACCCUAAAUCAGCAUCACGUGUUAUCCUUGGGGCAAUAGUAGUUGCUUCUUCUGGGUGUGUUUUUAAACCCAUACUCAGUGGAACAUUCAUUGCCAAAAAUGGAGAACCAGUGUGUACCAGUAAUCGGGACCAUCAAUACCUUUCAUUCAUACUUGACAGCAUAUUUGGGGUUACCAUAACUUUCAUUCCGUUUGUACUAAUAACCAUUCUGAAUUUACUGAUCAUACGUAAACUAGUGCUAAGAAAUAAGCGUCAUCGAAAAAUACGUAUCGUAACGGAGGAAUCAAUCAUCCGAUUGGAGUUUACAUUUAUCUUACUCGCCAUUUCCAUUUGCUUCGUUUCCUUGAAUUUGCCAUAUUUCGCGGUAUGGUGCAAGCGUUAUUGGAAAAUAAAACAAAUGUUAAAUGUUCAUGAAUAUUCACUAGAUAAAUUAAUUCACCAUAACAAUCAUAUUGGAUCUCUUGAUGAAAGUCUUUAUAUCACCAGGACUAUUUUCUACAUUAACUACUGUAUUAACUUCUUUUUAUACUCAGUCACAGGAGCAUAUUUCCGUAAAGAACUUAGACACCUGUUUUUGAAUCGGGGAAGAAAUUCAUAUUCAUAUAGAUACCCACGUCACUACUCUGCAUAUCUGACAAGAAGUUCUUCACAAAAUACAUCCAAGUCGAGUACUCUAUGA